CUGCAACUUGGAGAAAUCAACAACAGAGUCAAAGUUGCCGCUCACAACCAUGUCUGCUCCCAACAACGCUGAAUACCGCGAGGCCUUCGCCCUCUUCGACAAGAAGGGUACCGGCCAGGUGCCGCGCGAGUCGCUCGGCGAGCUCCUCCGCUCGCUCGGCCAGAACCCAACCCAGGCCGAGGUCGGCACGCUGCAGACCAACCUCGGAGCGACGUUCGACUACGACACGUUCCUCCAGAUCCUCAACCGCCCCGACGGCUGGAAGCCUGCCGGCACGGCCGACGAGUUCAUCAAGGGCUUCCAGGUCUUUGACAAGGCCGGCAACGGCUUCAUUGGUGCCGGAGAGCUCCGCUACGUCCUCACCCAGCUCGGCGAGAAGAUGACCGACGAAGAGGUCGACGAGCUCCUCAAGGGCUUCCCUGUGACCGACGGCCAGAUCAACUACCACUCGUUUGUUCGCUCUAUCCUCGCCCAAUAAGCGUCUGCCUAGAGCAGACUGACUGCAGCGCUUUCAUGACCUUGAUGUACGACCUCGGCCCUUGCGUAACCUCGUCUUCCUGUGCAAGACUAGAGAUACAUGUGUAGCGCUUCUAUCGCGCAGUCUACAGAUGGCUACUAAUGCAGGUGAUGGGGGCUAAAUCAACGUCUCCUCGAUCAACGGCAGACGGCAAAUCAUGCAAUUCGAGCUCUCCUUGAACCACCGCGUCGCACACGUCUCGUGCGAUACGUGCCCACAGCGGGGCAGGCACACAGCCGCGUCCCCACCACGGAACUGCGCCAGGCAGAUGGGACAUGUCGUCACUCGCGCACCAAGCACCGACAUCUUGAGCUUGACCUUGCCCUUUGCGUUGGUCCGCUUGCUGUCAAUGGCGACCGGCGCGCGGAUCAACGUGUCGAGCGCCACGGCGCUCGCACCAGGGUCCGUGGCCGGGCCCAUGAACUGCGUCAGAUGUGUGAGGCCCUCGUACUCCUGGCCCGUUCCCUCCAGCCGGGACGCAAACAGAUCCAGGUCGGUGUACUCGAACUCUGGCUCGUCGGCUUCGUCGUCCUCGUCAUCGGACACAGAGUGGUGGACGUCAACGGAAGACUGCGGCCUUGGGAUCUCCGGUGUGGUGUCAACCGCUGGCGUGGGCAUGCCAAUGUCAGACAAUGGGCGGGCAGGUCGUGUCGCCAGCCUCGCCGGUGGAGGGGGAACUUCAGGUGGCGCUUGAGACUGUCUCGGUGGAGGUGGUGGCGGUGGCGGUCGUCGACUAGCCCAAGGGCGUGGCGGGACAGGCGGCGGAGCAGGGCGAGGUCCUCGUGGUCCGCGUGGACGUCCCGGCUGUGAGGUGACUGACUGAACUGACUGCACAGGUGAUGGUGCGCGGGAGUCAGGCACGUCGGAAAGAGAUGAGGUGGAUGACGAGAAGGAGGCGACUUGCAUGAGCUGUGGGCGUACGCGCAGCAGGUCCGGCGGGGUUUCGGGAGUUGCAGUGGUAUUCGUUGUCGUCGCUGUCACGGGCGUGGAGGCCGCAGCCCGAGGAGGAGGGGGCGGCGGAGGCGGUCGGCGGAUGCUGCCGCUACUCUUGGGCGGAACUGGGGGAGGCUGUCUCCGCGGAGAUGCGGAAGAGUUGAACGGCGAGGGGUUGGCUAUCUGCUGCGGUGCCGAGGUCGAGUUUAGCGACGUUCGUGGUGUUGGGAACACGAGAGGCGAGACGGGGUUCAGCGGUGUCGUAGGUGUGAAUGCAACAAGUCUGGGGGGCUCCGAGUCCGACUGGAUGCUGAUCCGAGGUCUUGGUGGCACUGGAGGGCGCUUCGGCGUGGGCAGUGGUGGGAAGUCAAGCUUCUCAAUCACCUUCUCGAUUUCGGGCUCGGUCUCAGUUUCCAGCGCAAGUGCAUGCUGGCGGUCCAGUUCAACCUGGGCCUCGAUGGCAGACUGCUGCUCGAGCUGCGAUUCAAACAUCUGCCGGGCGGCAGCGCGCGCCGAUGCCUGGGCUGAUGACUCAGCAGCUGGGGCGUCGCCCUCGAGCAGGUCGAGCAGCUCCGAGGCGGUCAGGCCCAGGUCUGCGAACUCAGGCGACUUCGGUGGCACUGCCGGCGCUGCCGUCUUCAGGUCUAGAAGGGGGCCUGCCAGUGGCGGGGUUUCGGCAGGUUGAGAAAUGGGGGGAGGCGAGUCCGUGUCCUCUAGCUCGAUAGGAGCCCCAAGCUCACGCCGUCGGAGUGCCGCUUCCCGCCCCGGUGGUAAGGACGGUAGCGGCUUGCGCAAGUCAGCGGCUGACACGCCAUUGCUCGUCGCUGGGCUGGGGGCAGUCGAGUCGAUAGAGUGGCGGUGAGGCAUGGGAGGUGGCGCUUCAGCAUGCUCAACCUCGUCAGCAGUCUUGCUGCGCUGUACUGUGGGCCGCGGUGGGGACACUCGCGUUCCACCUUCUGGCGCCUCCUCGGUGAACAGUCCAGGCGUGGUGAACAGCGGUGGCAGGUCAGGCUUGGAGGGCGGAAGCGAAGUGCGGCGGGGGUUAGCACCGGGCGACGGGAGCUGGGACGCCGAGCUCCUGCGCACUGCAUUGCCCCGGCUCAAUCUCUUAUCCUCGCGCGACGUGGCAGGGGCAGGGGCAGGGGCAUUGACGUUCUCCGCAAUCGGCGCUACGUUGGCCAUCGGGAAGACGAUAUGCUCAGGAAUCGUGUCGAUAGUUGACGCUGAAGUUGAUCUGCCGUUACCAGGUCGUCUCUGGCCCCCAGACCCGGAACGCUCUUUGAAUUGUGACGCCGCGGGCAGUGGCUCCACAGUUUCGGUGGGGAUCGAGAAGCUCGAGCGAGGCGACGACGUGAUGGGCGUCUGUGUAAUGUUCUCGGCCUCGGAAACGUCCGAACGUCGCCGACCGCUGUCGGAUGUUGACUGUCGCGGUCGGGAUGGUGGGCUGUAAGGUUGUGGCCACGGGAUUGUCCCAGCCGUGGGGUUGGGCGGCGGCGUGCGGUCGCGCGAUGACGGCGGCGAGAGGUCCAAGGGUACCUCGACCAGAUUGCCUUGGAUCAGCUGGAUGCGAGACGCGCGGCGCGGAUUGCUGUCGGCACUGGCGCGUGACUGGGCACUAGGGGGCCGCGGCGAGGCCACCCUGUCGCUAUGUGCGCUAUCGAAGGGGCUGGGAGUGCUUCGUGCUCUGGCGGUCGCCGAGUUCACGGGGGACGGCGUGCUCCGCUGUGGCGGCGGCCCGUUGGCAGAGCCAGGUCGUGGCAUAGGCUCUCCCAUCGAUUGCCGGCGGCCUUCAUCUAAGCUCGCUCGCGGCGUGCGGCUCGGUAUCCUGGUCUCCACGGCCUCCUUGGCGGCAGCGACGAGCUCGUCGGCAGUCGGCGUCUUCCCCUUGAGGGCCUGGAACGCAGCGUUGCACGCCGCGUCCACAUCAGACUCGGGCACGCGCGCCGAGCCGAUGAUAUGUCGCACAGCCGCCUCAAUGUCUCGCCUUCGGGACGCCUCCUGUGCUUCGGCUCGCCGCGUGGCUGCCAGCUCUGCCUGGAACCGCCGCGUUGCAGCUUCAGCCAUGAGCUUGCGGUGCUCCGCCUCGGUCUUCUCAGCGCGGCGGCGGGCCUCGGACUGCGCAGCCCUGGCGCGCUUCGCCUCCGCCUUGGACGCUAAUGCUUCCUGAGCCUCGGCGCGGAUGCGAUCGAGGCGCACCACUUCAGCGCGGGCUGCUUCGGCGGCUACUCUUGCUGCCUCGGCCUUUGCAGCCUCACGAGCGGCUUCGGCCCGCUCUUCUUCCUCCCGUGCAGCCUCUGCACGGGCAGCUUCGGCGCGAGCAGCUUCUAUUCGUGCUGCUUCGACCCGGGCUGCCUCAGCACGUGCGGCUUGGAGUCGAGCAGCCUCAGCACGCGCAGCUUCGGCCCGCGCCACCUCGGCCCUCGCAGCCUCCGCGGCCGCCCCUGACGACUCUGCAGCCCUCGGCAACGGUGUGGCAGCUUGUGCUACCAUCUGGGCAACGUGAUGGGACGCCCCACUGGCCAAUGCCUUGGCCCUAGCCGCCUGUCGCACUGCCUCACGGCGCACACGCUCCUCAAGACUGUACCCCGCUGACAAGUCGGCGUUCCACAUCCUGCGGUCGUCGCGCUCGUCACUGUCGUCGUAGUCCCCGUGCGCCGUUGAUGGCUCGCUUAUUGGCGACGAUGGGGCUGACACAAACACUUGUGUUGCUGUCUCCGACUCCGCCACGGCGACAUCCGAGUGCGUUAGCCGUAGCGUCGGCCGCUGUGGCGCGAGCGCCUCGCCUGUCGAGUGGCGUCGGGGGAAGAGGUCGUCAAACCGUGGGGGAGGAGACCUCGGCGGUACUGGCGCCGAUCCUUCUUCACCUAUCUCUGGCAGGUCCCCCGCUUGUGAUCCCCCGAACGUCGGGGGCAGCCGUGUGUUGCUGGCUGUGGGGAAGGGGAAUGGCGGGGGCGCUUCGUCCGUCUCGGGCAAAUCGUCCCACAGAUUAACGCGGCGCAUCGACGCGCCGCGCGACAGGCCGAUCGCGCGCCCCUCCUCCCUCGACGUGACUGUCAGUCGGCGGGCGAGGCUCGAUCCCUCCUGGUUCACGACCCGUCCACCGCGGCGUCGCUGGGCUCGCUCGCCCGGGAUACCAGGGCGGGCGACACUGCGCCCAGUCUGCAUGGACGACGAGGCAGCCGAGCCACCGGGCAUAAUAGCCGGGGGCGACGCCCAGUUGGCCGCAUACCCCCCUCGCUGCUGCUGCUGCUGCGGGGGCGGGGUGGGCGCCGCCGCUCCUCCCUGUCGCCGAGGCAUGAUGGCGGGCGGCGCGAGCAGGCCCGCGGCAUACUGCUGGGCGGGCCAGUUGGGCGACGGUGCAUGGGCGUUGGAGGAGGGCCCAGCUGAGCUGGGUCUCGUCCGCCGCACAUAAGUCGAGGGGAGGAUGAGGUUCGCCGUGACGGGGUCCGGGG